UACCAUUUUUGUCCCAUGUGGUAUGAUAGCAAUGUAUGUUAUAGAUCCCAAUGGGAUGUGAUUCUUUGAUCUUCCGAAUUUCAACCUCAACAUACUCAGGCUUCUUUUACCUUUUAGUAAGGCUGAUCAUAUGAUGGACCGGAUAAUGGUUCCUGGAAUAUAAAAGGGAUGAUUCCUCCCUUAACCUCAUCUAAUCCUUCUUUCUUUCGCCGUUCCCUACGACUAUAGAAAAAAAACUUUUUUAUAAUGACUCGUGUUGCUCUCGUCACCGGUGGUGCUCAAGGUAUUGGUAAGGCUAUUGCUGUGCAAUUGGCUAAGGAUGGUUACAAAGUUGCCAUCACCGAUCUUUCCUUCCAAAAGGAGUUGGCUUUGAAAACCGUUGAGGAGCUGAAGAAAUUGGGCACCGAUGCCAUCUUCGUUGAAGCUGAUUCUUCUAAGCGUGAACAACUCUUCAACGCUGUUGAGGAGACUCACAAGCAAUUGGGUGGUUUCGAUGUCAUCGUCAACAAUGCUGGUAUCGUUCAAGUGGCUCCAUUGGAGGAGGUCACUCCAGCAGACUUGGAGAAGAUCAACAACAUCAACAUCGGUGGUGUCCUGUGGGGUAUCCAAGCCGCUGCUAAGAAGUUCCAGGAAUUGAACCAGCCAGGUAAGAUCAUCAAUGCCGCUUCCGUUGCUGGUCACACCGCUUUCGAGAUGAUGGGUGCUUACUCUGCUACCAAGUUCGCUGUUAGAGGUCUGACCCAAGCUGCUGCUAAGGAAUUGGCCUCAAAGAAGAUCACCGUUAACUCUUACUGUCCAGGUAUCGUUCUUACCCCAAUGUGGGAUUUGAUCGAUCAGAAGAUGGGUGAUUAUGCUGGUGUUCCAAAGGGUGAGACUGUCAAGAAGUACAUUGGUAACAUUGCCCUUGGUCGUGGUGAACAACCAGAGGAUGUUGCUGGCUUGGUCAGUUUCCUCGCUGAUGAGAAGUCCAAUUACAUCACUGGUCAAAACAUUAACGUUGACGGUGGUAUUGUCUACAUCUAA